UGUGGUUAUCUCUCCACGUCACUCACAAUUGCAGGUCCAAGAAGCUAGCUUACGCAUCGGCUGUUUCUCUUCUGCUGCUGCUACAAGUACUGCUCCCACUUUAGGAGAGCGCAGAGCAGAGAGGAGGAACCUUCGAUGGCCACGAAGGCGGCUCUGAGGGAGUUGGGGAGGAACAGCAGAGCGGCGGCGGGGAUCGGAGGAAGCAGAGGCUUUGCCGCCGCCGCCGCUGCUGCUCCGGCGGGGGUGGCGGAGAGGAGCGAGGGCGGCGGAGGCGGCGGCGGGACGAAGGCGGUGAACCUCUUCACGGCCGUCAACCAGGCGCUCCACAUCGCGCUCGAAACCGAUCCCCGCUCUUAUGUCUUCGGAGAGGACGUGGGUUUUGGAGGCGUGUUCCGCUGCACAACAGGGCUCGCUGAUCGGUUUGGAAGAAACAGAGUGUUUAAUACACCAUUGUGCGAACAGGGUAUUGCUGGAUUUGCUAUUGGCCUAGCAGCAAUGGGCAAUAGAGCUAUUGCUGAAGUCCAGUUUGCGGAUUAUAUCUUUCCAGCAUUUGAUCAGAUUGUCAAUGAAGCAGCUAAAUUCAGAUAUCGAAGUGGAAAUGAAUUCAACUGCGGAGGUUUAACAAUUCGAUCUCCAUAUGGUGCUGUUGGGCAUGGUGGCCACUAUCAUUCACAGUCACCAGAAGCUUUCUUCUGCCAUGUUCCUGGCCUGAAGGUUGUCAUACCUCGAAGUCCACAUGAGGCCAAGGGAUUGUUGUUGGCCAGUAUUCGUGACCCAAACCCAGUUGUAUUUUUCGAACCAAAGUGGUUGUACCGUUUGUCUGUUGAAGAUGUUCCUGAGGGGGACUAUAUGCUGCCCUUAUCUCAAGCAGAGGUGAUUCACCAAGGAAGUGAUAUAACACUUGUUGGUUGGGGAGCUCAACUUGCAGUGCUGGAACAAGCAUGUGAAGAUGCUGCAAAGGAUGGAAUUUCCUGUGAGCUCAUAGAUCUGAGAACACUGAUUCCGUGGGACAAGGAAACAGUCGAAGCCUCUGUCAGCAAGACCGGAAAGCUUCUCGUUAGCCAUGAGGCCCCAAUCACCGGAGGGUUUGGUGCUGAAAUCGCUGCCUCCAUUACCGAGCGCUGCUUCCAGAGGUUAGAAGCGCCGGUCGCAAGGGUCUGCGGCCUCGACACGCCUUUCCCCCUUGUUUAUGAACCAUUCUACAUGCCCACAAAGAACAAGAUCCUGGACGCUAUUAAAGCUACUGUAAAUUACUGAGGCGCAGGAGCAAGAAGCUGCUGCAGCUGCCGUGUUGUUGCACAUUGACAGUAGAGACACCAAAAAUUGUGUCCACCGUGUGUGUGUAUUGCUGGUAUAUGGUGUAUUCAAAUAUUUAAAGACUACUACUCACUGAUUUGUCAAAUAUUUAAAGACUGGAGAUCAGAUCAA